CUCCCCCACGUCAUGGUGCAACACUUCCUCUUCCCGUGGUGGUUGUUGCAGUUUGCAACGAGCACUGGUGAGGCCACUGAGCCCAGGAGCGUCAUCUUUGCCUGGCCCUGCUCAGUGGCACUUCCGAAGACAAGGAAGAGGUGACAGUUCAUUCACUUUUUGAAAGGGCAGGCUUGCAGUGGAGUGUGACCUGCUGCAGCCACCUGGGAUCAUCCAAACCGCCCCCCCACAUCUCCCAUCUCUGCUCUGCUUGGACCCCCAGGAGCAGCAGUUUUGCUGUCAUGUGUGUAGCCUGUGGGUCACAUUUGAGUGCAGCUGGUUGUUUACCACAGUGAGCAGGUUGCAUGAGGGAUGCUGUGCCAGAGGCGCACGCAUGUGGUGCUGGCCCUGUGCCUGCUGCUGGUUCUGUGGCAAUGUUUCCGAGCCCCCACAGAUGGCCUCAGCCCCUUCCCUUGGGCUCUCUCCCGCCUCAAUGCCCCUGCUGCCUGCUGCACUCCUGGUACCAACAGCUCUGCAUGGUUCAACUCCCGCUACAACACAGCCGUGGGGCCUCUGCUGACGGGCGCAGCCCACGAACUCUCCUCCGAUGUGGUUCAGUGGUGGCUGACGCUGCAGGGUCCCCAGAGUGGCACCCAGCUCCAGGCCAUAAUUCAGCAGCUCUUCACUGUCCUCCGGGCCCCGAUCAGCAGUGUGUGGGACCCAUCUUGCUGCAGGACUUGUGCGGUGGUGGGGAACUCGGGGCAGCUAAAGGGGUCUGGCCACGGGCUACAGAUCGAUGCCCAUGACUGGGUGCUGAGGAUGAACAGAGCAAAGAUCGCUGGCUUUGAACUGGAUGUUGGCAUGAGAACCACCCAUCACUUCAUGUACCCAGAGAGUGCAGUGGACCUCGGGCCCGGCGUCCACCUCGUUCUUGUCCCCUUCAAGCCACUAGACCUGCAGUGGGUGGCCAGCGCCUUCUCUACCGGAGAGCUCAUGCACACAUAUGUGAGAGUGAAACAGUUCAUCAAAGCUGACAGAAACAAGGUGCUGAUCCUGAGCCCAGCUUUCCUCAAGUACAUCCAUGACAACUGGACACAGCACCAUGGGCGGUACCCCUCCACCGGCUUCACAGCCCUGCUCUUUGCCUUGCAUGCCUGCCAGCAGGUCUCCGUGUUUGGCUUUGGCGCAGACAGUGAAGGGAACUGGCACCACUACUGGGAGAAAAACCGCUGGUCUGGAGCCUUUCGCAGGACGAGGGUCCACGACGCUGACAUCGAAUUCAGUAUCAUUGAGAGAUUGGCAGCUGAAGGCAGGAUUUUAUUCUACAAAUGAUGCAUUUCCAAGAAACUGAAGCCAGGCUGUUAGCACAGAAGCUGGCAGCCCCCUGCACUGCCAGCAGCUGCCUUGGCUCUUUAG